UCCGGCCUGCAACCGGGGGCCACUUCCCCUUCUCACAUAGGAUUACUGGUUGAGGCUCUUUCAGAUCUCGCAAGCCGUAUAUACUCGUAACGGCUUUCCUUCUAGGCGUCCGGUGUUGUUCUGCUCCUGUACCCUAUUCUGUGCUUCAUCGCCGCCUGCACCGACAAUGCAGCCUUCCGACGUUGAAGACUCCAUCAAGAAUCGGAUGGGCCGCCGACUCAACUUCCGCUCCAGAUCGAUCCAUCGGAUACCCUUCCACCAAGUGCCUGACCGUUUCAAAGAUGGCGACGAUGCCCAAGACGAUUACACAGCGCCGCCCAAGGGUAUUGGCGGCCGCGAAUACAUGCAUCAGUCGAUCUUCUCCAUGAUAGCUGCGGCCGGAUCCAAGACAGAUUUCCAUGGCAGAUUCGACGACCCAAGUGAUAGUGACGGGGAGGGUGAAGGGAUUAUAGAAGAGGAUUCGUCUCGGGGGGCUUCCUCCCAGGCAUCGACGAGAGGAAACAAGGGCCGCGAGGCAAAGUCGCCUACGAAGCGUGAGACGGAGAAUACCCCAGCCAACAAGGACUCAGCGAAAAAGGAUCUGCCGGAGGAAAGGGGUCGCGGACAUAGGAGGAAGCUCUCAGAUCAUAGGCUGUUGCGCUCAGUACCGAAGCUACAGUCGAAGCAUACAAAGGGCAAGGAGUCCGUUAGCCGGAAUGGGUUGGGUGCAGGCGAAGAAUUACUCCCAACAUCACCCCAGAGACGACCACGGAGUCUGACACCGCGCGCUGCUCCAGUGCUUAGUCGAAUGAUUGAAGCUGAGGCUCGUUUUGGUGAUCCGCCAAGCUCCAGAAAAGAGACCAAAAAGGCCCCUGAGGAGAAGAGUCCCACGAGGCAGCGCGCGGAGUCUGCGCCGUCCACAUUGCUGUCUACACGUCUUAUGGAGAUCUUUGGGUUCGAAAAGCCCGAGAAGGUUAUUGGAGAGUACGCUUGCUGGCUGCUUCAGAGUGUCAUGUUGCAAGGCUACAUGUACAUCACGGAAGGGCAUGUCUGCUUCUACGCCUAUCUUCCGAAGAAGUCUAAUACAACGGUCAAGUCGGGUUAUCUCUCCAAGCGCGGCCGCCAGAAUCCAAAGUAUAACCGGUAUUGGUGCUCUCUGAAGGGAGAUGUUCUAUCAUACUACGCCGACCCGUCCAAUCUAUAUUUCCCCAGCGGCCAUGUCGAUCUCCGCUACGGUAUCUCUGCCGCCCUUGUCGAACAGAAAGACAAAGGCAAGGAUGUGAAAGACUUUACUGUAACGACUGACCAGCGCACAUACUAUUUCAGAGCAGAUAGUGCCCCAAGCGCUAAAGAAUGGGUGAGGACGCUACAGAAAGUCAUUUUCAGAUCGCACAAUGAAGGGGACAGCGUCAAAAUCUCAUUACCCAUCGAGAAUGUGAUAGACAUAGAGGAAAAUCCGAUGAUUGAAUUCGCCGAAACCAUCAAAGUCAGGGUGGUGGAGAGCGGCGAGACCUAUGCGAUUGAUGAGUACUUCUUUUCGUUCUUCAACUUCGGCAAGGAUGCGUUCAAUGUCUUGAGGAAUCAAGUCAAGAAUAGUCCGACACAAAGUAGUUCGCAAGAACUCCCCGGUGCUAUCAGCGGUGAUGGAUCUGCGAAGCAAAACCAAGAACGAACACUUGAUGCUCACUUUCACAGUCCUCGCUCUGGUCGGUCCAGUCCCCGUUUCAAUGAAUCCGUUCAAUCGACUCUUCUAUCCCGUUCACCUGAUGCGGGCAAGGGUCGUAUUCGGAGCAAGUCGACUGAGAGCGCGGGCCCGCUAAGCCCUCCUCGUGCCUAUCUAGAUCGAUCUCCCCCCGAUAAUAAAGCCUCUUCCGAUUCCUUCGUCCAUUCCAUUGAGCAGGGAACCGAGUCCUCUGCUGUCCUUCAGUCGAUUACGGGCACUGCGGAAUCAGCAAGCCAGAUUUUGAAUCGAAGCGAUGUUUUUCAAUCUCCGACCAUUAAUCGGUUGCGAGUGCCGUCUGACGCAGACGCGACUGGUCGUCGACAGUCUAACGAUACAGCUCGCUCGGCGUCCGCCCGGGCCAAGGGCCGCGCCGACACAGUUGUCAAUAAGGGGGACCACGAGGCUCAGGAAGCGCUCAGCGAUUCGGAGAAUGAAGUGAAUAGUCGGAGCAAGUAUUCUACAUCCGCACCGACCUUACAGGAGCUUGUCAAAGCUGGUACUUAUCCCCUGCAACGAGCCGCCGGGUUGGCAGGCUAUCUCAAGAAUAGGUCAAAGCGAAUGAGCACUCUCCUAGCCACGGAAUCCAUGGGCUACAUAGAGAAAGUAUCCGGGAUGUGGGCAGGUGGUCGCAAACACUAUGGCGAAGGAGAAGGCGUACUCCCUGACGACCAACUCGUUGAUCCUGAAGAUGAGGAACGUGGUUGCGGACAUGGAGAUCGCUUCCGAGCUCACUUUGCUCUGCCACCGACGGAGAAGCUUCAGGCCACCUAUUUUGGUUUUCUUCAUCGACUCCUGCCUCUCUACGGAAAGAUCUAUAUCAGCAACAGAAAGUUCUGUUUCCGCAGUCUGCUACCGGGGACGAGGACGAAGAUGAUCCUACCGCUCAGGGAUAUCGAGAAUGUGGAGAAGGAGAAAGGUUUCAGGUUCGGUUAUCAUGGACUUGUCAUCAUUAUUCGUGGUCAUGAAGAGCUUUUCUUUGAGUUCAAUGCUUCUGAUGUGCGGGAUGACUGUGCCGUCACUUUGCACCAGAGCUUGGAGUCCAUCAAAUUCUUGGCCGAAUCUGGCAUUCUUGCACAGGAAGACAGAGCGGAGGCGGAGGCGGCUAAAGCGGAACAUCAAAUGCUGCAAGAAGCCAGGCUGGGUACUGCCGGUGAUACUGGCGAAAACUCGCGGGCUCUAUCUCCACCAGAAUCGCCUGAAAUCCAUCCGAUCUUCGAUGACCCGCGAGCGUCGAUUAUCAAUUUCAAACCUACAGAGCCGCUGAGGAUUACCUGCUUGACAAUUGGUUCUCGAGGCGACGUCCAGCCAUACAUUGCACUAUGUAAGGGUCUGCUCGCGGAAGGACAUAGACCUAAGAUCGCUACCCAUGCGGAGUUCGGACCAUGGGUGAGAAAGCAUGGCAUUGACUUUGCCCCCAUCGAGGGAGAUCCUGCAGAGCUGAUGCGUAUUUGUGUCGAGAAUGGGAUGUUUACUUAUUCCUUUCUGAAGGAAGCAUCGCUUAAGUUCCGUGGCUGGAUUGACGAUCUUCUAUCGUCGGCGUGGGCCAGUUGCCAGGACAGUGAUCUCCUCAUCGAAUCUCCCAGCGCAAUGGCUGGAAUCCAUAUUGCGGAAGCCCUUCGGAUCCCCUACUUCCGCGCUUUCACAAUGCCUUGGUCGCGAACCCGUGCGUAUCCUCAUGCCUUCGCGGUGCCUGAGCACAAAAUGGGUGGUGCUUACAACUAUAUCACCUAUGUCAUGUUCGACAACGUCUUCUGGAAGGCCAUCGCAGGCCAAGUCAACCGCUGGAGGAAGAAUGAACUCGGUCUCCGGGGAACAAACUUGGAUAAGAUGCAGCCAAAUAAGGUCCCAUUCCUCUACAAUUUUUCUCCUUCUGUCGUUCCGCCGCCUCUCGACUUCCCAGACUGGAUCCGCAUUACCGGCUACUGGUUUUUGAACGAAGGCGACGAUUGGCAAGCUCCACGCGAACUCACCGACUUUAUCCAGCGUGCCCGUGCGGAUGGCAAGAAGCUCGUCUACAUCGGCUUUGGGUCUAUCGUGGUAUCUGAUCCGGCUGCCCUUACAAGGACAGUCGUGGAAUCGGUUCAGAAGGCCGAUGUCCGCUGCAUUUUGUCAAAGGGAUGGUCUGACCGUCUAGGCGAUCCGGCGAGCACAAAGUCAGAGAUCCCUCUGCCACCAGAGAUCCACCAGAUCCAGUCCGCUCCGCAUGACUGGCUAUUUUCUCAGAUGGACGCUGUCGCGCAUCAUGGGGGAGCAGGAACCACAGGCGCCAGCUUGAGGGCUGGCGUACCCACGAUAGUCAAGCCCUUUUUCGGUGACCAAUUUUUCUUCGGCACACGGAUUGAAGACCUUGGCGUGGGUAUCUGUAUGAAGAGGCUGAAUGUAAGCGUGUUCUCGAGAGCUUUGUGGGAGGCGACGCAUAGCGAGCGAAUGAUUGUGAAGGCGAGAAUGCUGGGCGAGCAGAUCCGCAGCGAGGACGGAGUAGGUACUGCCAUCCAGGCUAUUUACCGCGAUCUGGAAUAUGCCAAGACACUUGCUCGCCAGCGUUCUAUUGCAUCUGCGACCCCCUUCUCUCCAGUUGCCAAGAAGGAGGAGAUUACUGAGCCGACCAUUGAUGACGACGACGUGGCUGAUAGCGAGGAGUGGACGUUCGUCGGUGACGAUACCGAUAUUGAUAUUUCUAAGAGAAUGCGAGAUCGAGAAGAGACAGAUCCUGAUUUGCCCCCACCCGCUCUUUGCUCGCAUGGGAGUUCGAGUCCCGCCCGGACUGUGCAAUCUGAUGCCAGUAUUAGCCGGAGGAGACACGAUAUGAGAGCGGAAGCUUGAUUGUGCGACUUCCACUCAUCUGAUCUAUUAUUAAUGCUUUGUAUGAUGUUGAUGACCACCCCCUUCUCAUUAUAUGGUCUGCCGAGAUUCAAGCUCUUUUACGUGAUUCUUUGAUGUGUUUCUAAUUCCGGUGCCACAUGUCCCACCAUAAUCAUCUUCCUUUUCCUUUCCACAUGUGGUUGGGCG